AUGCACGGCACGGAGCUAACCCUCGUCGUAACCCUCGUGGUCGGGUUGCUGCUACCCGUGGGCCCUUCGGAGGCUGCGCAACUGGAAGCGGACCAAAUUCGGCGUAUCCACCAGAACGCCCGGGAGUGCGUCAAGGAAACGGGCAUACUGCCGAAAAAUGCGUUCCGCGUGCUGAGCGGUGAUUUUUCCGUGGACACCCUUAAGGCGAAGUGCUUCGUGAAGUGUUUCUUCGACAAGGCCGGCUUCAUCGACGACGACGGUGCGUUCCAGCAUGACGUCAUCCGGGAGAAGCUCACGGUGGGAAUCGAGGCGGCCAAGGUGAACGAGCUGAUCAAGAAGUGCAACGUCGAGGGUACGGACGUGUGCGACACGGCCUUCCAGAUGUACAAGUGCUUCCUGAGCAACCACAAGGUGCCGAAGGAGCUGUUCCAGAUGCGCAAAGGCAUCGGGCGCCGCAACAUGCAGCAGUGA